AUGCGGCGCAUGUCCCUCCUCCUCCUGGCCGCGGCCGCCCUCCUCGCCGCCGCGGUGGUGGCAGUGCAUGCCGGGCCCCCGCCUCCUGUGAAGCUGUCGCCGGACUUCUACAGCCAGACGUGCCCACGGGCGGAGCGGAUCAUCGCGGAGGUGGUCCAGUCGAAGCAGAUGGCGAACCCGACCACCGCCGCGGGCGUGCUCCGCGUCUUCUUCCACGACUGCUUCGUCAGCGGCUGCGACGCCUCCGUGCUCAUCGCGCCCACGCACUACGCCAAGUCCGAGAAGGACGCGGACAUCAACCACUCCCUCCCCGGCGACGCCUUCGACGCCGUGGUGCGUUCCAAGCUGGCGCUGGAGCUGGAGUGCCCCGGCGUGGUCUCCUGCGCCGACAUCCUGGCCCUGGCCUCCCGCGUCCUGAUCACCAUGACCGGCGGCCCCAGGUACCCGGUCCCGCUGGGCCGCAAGGACUCGCUCUCCUCCAACCCCGCCGCCCCGGACGUGGAGCUCCCGCACUCCAACUUCACCGUCGGCCGCAUCAUCGAGCUCUUCCUCGCCAAGGGGUUCACGGUGCAGGAGAUGGUGGCGCUCUCCGGCGCGCACACGCUCGGCUUCUCCCACUGCCAGGAGUUCGCGUCCAGGAUCUACAACUACCGCGACAAGGGCGGCAAGCCGGCGCCGUUCGACCCCAGCAUGAACCCGACCUACGCCAAGGGGCUCCAGGCGGCGUGCCAGAACUACCAGAAGGACCCGACCAUCGCCGCCUUCAACGACAUCAUGACCCCCGGCAAGUUCGACAACAUGUACUACGUCAACAUCCAGCGCGGCCUCGGCCUGCUCAGCACCGACGAGGACAUGUGGUCCGACAUGCGCACCAAGCCCUUCGUGCAGCGCUACGCCGCCAACAACGCCGACUUCUUCGACGACUUCUCCAAAGCCAUGGAGAAGCUCAGCAUGUACGGCGUCAAGACCGGCGCCGACGGCGAGAUCAGGCGGCGCUGCGACGCAUUCAACAGCGGGCCCAUCACCCAGUGAUCGUGCUA